GUGUGUGUGUGUGUGUGUGUUUCAGGCGGCUGUGCGCAGGGUCACUAUACAGCGCUCCUUCUCUCCGGUCCUGGUGGGCAGCGCUUUAAAAAACAAAGGCGUUCAGCCCCUGCUGGACGCUGUGCUUGAUUACCUGCCGAACCCCAGCGAGGUGAACAACUACGGCAUCCUGAACGACGAGGAAUCGAGUAACAGCAGUAAGAUCCUGAUGGAUUCAAACAGAGAUGCCACAAAGCCUUUUGUGGGUUUGGCCUUCAAACUAGAGGCUGGACGUUUUGGCCAGCUGACCUAUGUGCGUGUGUAUCAGGGCUGCCUGAAGAAGGGCGAGUACAUUUACAACACUCGCACAACCAAGAGGGUGCGAGUGCAGAGGCUGGUGCGCCUGCAUGCAGAUCAGAUGGAGGAUGUAGAGGAAAUGUACGCAGGUGACAUCUGCGCCCUGUUCGGGAUCGACUGCGCCAGCGGAGACACCUUUACAGCUCGCACCAGCACCAACCUCUCGAUGGAGUCUAUACAUAUCCCUGAGCCGGUCAUCUCAAUGGCUAUAAAACCAGUUAAUAAAAACGACUUGGACAAAUUCUCCAAAGGCAUCAACCGCUUCACCAGAGAGGAUCCCACUUUCAGGGUGCAGUUUGACACGGAGAGCAAGGAAACCAUUAUCUCAGGCAUGGGAGAGUUGCAUCUGGAAAUCUACUCCCAGGUACAGCAUGACAUCCCUUAA